AUGAAUGUUGGAACCAUAUUUGACGUCAUGUCUGGCGAUGAAGUGGAAAAUGAAUAUGAAGAUGAUGACGACAUCAUGGAAAUGCUUAAUGAUGCUCGUGGUCUAGUAAACAUGCAUAUGGAUGGAGAUUCAUCAAAUGUAGUUGGUAGUACAGCCCAUAAUCUUAGGAGUGUAGACUAUGAGAAAUUUGAUGACAUGUUUGCAUAUGCUCAACAAGAAUUGUAUCCAGGGUGCAGCAACAUGUUUGAUUGUGCAUUAUUUUGGAAGGAGCAUGCGAAUGCUGAUAAAUGUCCUGUAUGUGAUGAACCUAGAUAUAAGAUUAAUGAUGGAAAGGGCAAAAAAAUUGCACAUAAGGUUUUGCGUUACUUCCCACUGAAACCUAGACUCCAACGACUCUUCAUGUCAAGGCACACAGUUGAAGAUACGAUGUGGCAUAAGGAAAAACGAUUAAAUACAGAAGACAUGUUGAGGCAUCCUGCUGAUUCUGAAUCUUGGAAAGAAUUUGACAAGAUAUACCCUUCAUUUGCACAAGAUGCCCGAAAUGUCCGGAUUUGUAUUGCAACUGAUGGUUUUAAUCCUUUUGGGAACAUGAGUCUAUCUUAUAGCAUGUGGCCAGUGGUACUUGUCCCGUACAAUUUGCCUUCAUGGAAGUGUAUGAAAGACCCUUACUGUAUGAUGUCAUUUCUCAUUCCAGGGCCUAAAGCACCUGGAAGAGAUAUUGAUGUGUAUUUGUGUCCAUUGAUUGAAGAAUUAAAAGAGUUAUGGGUUGAUGGUGUAGAGACUUAUGAUACAGCUCGGGGAGAACAUUUUCGUUUACACGCCGCUGUGAUGUGGUCAAUUAAUGAUUUUCCCGCCUUAGGCAAUUUGUCUGGAUGGAGAACCAAAGGCUAUAAGGCUUGUCCUGUAUGUAAUGAGAAUACUUCAUCCCAAUUGUUGCGAAGUAAAAUAUGCUACAUGGGACAUCGGCGAUUCUUGUCUCCAGAUCAUCGGUGGAGGCGAAGCAAGCAAUUCGAUGGGAAAAGAGAAAUUAGAUCUCCGCCAAAACUAUAUUCAGGGGAUGAAAUUCAUGAACAACAAUCUCAUGUGAACGAUGUGCGUUUCGGGAAAAAUUUAUUAUCAGUUGAUAGAGGUAGAAAAAGGAAACAGAGUCCUGGUGCAUCAAAUUGGACAAAGAAAAGUAUAUUCUUUGAGUUGGAAUACUGGUGUAAACUUAAAAUCAGACAUAACCUUGAUGUGAUGCACAUUGAAAAAAACAUAUGUGACAACAUCAUUGGUACAUUAUUGAACAUGGAAGGGAAAUCAAAAGAUACUGAUAAAGCUAGACUGGAUUUGGCUGAUAUGAACAUACGCGCAGAGUUACAUUUGCAACCUCAUGGUGAUAGAUAUUUGAAACCACAAGCAUGUUAUACUCUUACAUUAGAUGAGAGAAGACAAUUUUGCCAGUUCCUGAAAUCAGUGAAGUUUCCAGACGGUUAUGCAAGUAAUAUCUCCCGAUGUGUCAAUGUGAAAGACGGCAAGGUUCAUGGGUUAAAGAGUCAUGAUUGUCAUGUCCUGCUACAACAACUGCUGCCCGUUGGAAUACGUCCAUUUUUGCGUCAAGACGUUUGUACUGCACUUGUUGAGUUGUCCUACUUUUUCCAACAAAUAUGUGCUAGGACGUUGUCUGUAAAUGAUCUAAAUAGAUUGGAACAAGAUAUAGUCCUAAUUCUUUGUAAGCUUGAAAUGGUUUUCCCUCCUGCAUUUUUUGAUAUUAUGGUUCAUUUGGCUAUACACCUUCCAUUGGAAGCUAAAUUGGGUGGUCCAGUUGGAUAUCGGUGGAUGUAUCCAAUUGAAAGGUUUUUGGGAAAAUUGAAAAAAUAUGUUAGAAACAAAGCUAGACCGGAGGGCUCUAUUGCGGAGGGUUAUUUGGUGAAUGAAGCACUAACAUUUUGUUCAAUGUAUCUGUGGGGAAUUGAAACUAGAUUUAAUCGAGUAGAGAGAAAUGAUGACAGUUUGCAUGGACAACCAGAAGGAGUAUUAUCAGUUUUCUGUCAAAAGGCUCGUCCAUGGGGUUCAAGGAAGUUAAUCGAACUUCCACCAGAUGAAUUGCAAAAGGCUCAUUGGUACGUCUUGAACAAUUGUGAAGAACUGCAACCUUUUCUAGAAGAACACUUAAAAGAGUUGGAGGCCCUAAAUUGUGAUAACAUAUUCAAAACACAAGAACAGUUAUUUCCUAAAUGGUUUGCAGAUCGUAUGAACACCUUGCAUGUUGACAGGUGCAAUGAUACAACUAAGGAACUGUACUUCUUAUCUUGUGGUCCUGAUUUUCGUGUUAAAUGUUAUAACAAUUGUAUUGUCAAUGGAGUGCGUUUCCAUAACAAUGAUCAAUCACAUUGUCGAGUUACACAAAAUUGUGGAGUGAUGGUGCCAGGGGAGCAUGAUGGUGAUCCAAUUGAUUUUUAUGGUGAAUUAAGUGGUGUGUUAGAGCUAAAUUAUGUUAAUGGGUUUCGGGUUAUGUUAUUCAAGUGUAAUUGGUUUGACACUGAUGCAAAAAAAAAGAGGAUACAAAAAGAUUAUCAUCUCACUUGUAUUAAUGUUGGGAAAUUGUGGUAUGAAAAUGAGCCUUUUAUACUUGCCAUUCAAGCUCAACAAGUAUUCUAUGUUGAUGAUUACAAACUCGGGACUAAUUGGAAAGUGGUUCGAAAAGCUCAACAUAGAAACCUAUGGGAUGUACCAGAGAUGGAUAACACAAAUGAAGAAGAGGAGGAUAUUGUUCCUGUUCAGGAAGAUGAGUUUGACAGGGGACAUUUCAUUAGACAUGAUAUUGAUCCUGACUUGGUUGAUGCAACAAUUACACAUGUUGGAGCUGAAGUGGUGGGAGAUGAUGCCAAUGCUGAUGUUGAAGAAGAAGAUGAUACAUUGAUUGAUUAUUGUACUGAUAAUGAAUAUGAUUUAAUGAGUGAUUCUGAUAACAACUUCUGA